CCAUCUUCCAUCCAUAUUACUAUAUUACUACAAUUACUGUAUUUGUGUUGUUAUGUAUUGUGAUUGACUGGAGGGUUUACAUAUAAUAAAAUAUUUCAGAAUAAUUACAAUAUUCUCCUAUGGCAUAUUAUACCUGUAUUGGAAAUAAAGUAAACGAUGAUCACAAAUCGGAGUAUCAGCAAUCAUAUAGAUGGAUCAGAAUGAGAGGCAUCAUUGGACUUUUGUCACUCAUGUUUAGCGUUGGACUUCUGUACAAAAAUGAGGUGUGGACAGUGGUACGCCAAGAGUUGUACGAUAGUGUAUCGAAGAGUGUUGUAGAGUUGGACAAUAGAGGGGGAGUUGACCCGGCCAAUGAAGGCAAGAUUGUGUUUCUCCAAGGUCGUAUUCAAGUGAACGAGCCGCUCACAGAGCCUGAGUAUGGGGUCACUAUAGGAGCAGUCAAGCUCAAGAGACGUGUACAGAUGUACCAGUGGGUGGAGUUGCAUCGACAACCGUCGUCAUGGUGGGACGUGCAGGUGGAGGAAGGACCGCUUGUCUCCUACUCCACUACAUGGAAGGACAGACUCGUGGAUAGCUCUGUGUUUGUCAGACCCUUUGGGCACGCCAAUCCCAAGACAUUCCCAGUGGAGAGUGGAGUGACUGUGAGUGACGUUGUGAGAGUGGGGUCUCACACACUCAGCGGAGAACUCAAGGAGCACUUCUCCACGUUCACACUUCUCACCAGUGAUCAGCGUCCCGAGCGUAGGGAUAUCAAGAUGCACUCGGGACUCUACUACCACUCAUUUGAUGUUUGGAGUCCAGAAGUCGGAGACACAAGGGUUCAGCUCUCCUAUGCUGGUGCUGCAGAUGAUUUGGUUACAAUCCUAGCACGCCAAGUGGGGGGGAUGUUGCAGCCCUUCUAUGUCGAGAACAGGGACCUAACGGCUGUACUCGAGGGCCAACACUCCCUCUCCGAUGUUCUGGCCACCAGAUUCCCGUCAUCAGGCAUCUGGCUGAUCAGAAUACCAGCUUACUUUGCCAUCUACUGCGCAUACUCGAGUCUCCUCUCCGUCUUCUGUAACAGAGGUAAAAGUAGCCGGCUGACCCACGUAUUUGUGAGCAACAGCAAGAGCCUUCUGUGUCACGUGUUCUCCGCCGUCACUCUGAUGGUUGUCAUGGCGCUCACAUGGUUCCGGUACAGUCUGCUCCUAGGCUCCCUCAACUUGCUGGCAGCCCUUAUGUUGAUAUUUUACUGCCUAUCCAAGGGCUAUUCGUUGUAUUAUUAUUUCAAUCGUUGAGAAUCAACACCUUACUUUCCCAUGUUAGUAAGGGUGUUGAAUUAGUGUUUCCAUGUUUCCUGUAUCUGAUGAACAGUUUCAUCGUGAAAACAUUAAAUGUCUGUGAAAUUGAAUUUUCUCUCUUUUCUAUUUGGUUGAGAAUUAAUGGUGGUGGAAGAUAGAAAUGGACUGCAAAAUGUUUCAAAACUUACUACAUUACAUACAUAAAUUGUCAUUUCAGUCAAUAAUACUAGAAGUGAUCUGUAAGUAGUGGUGUCUUACCUAAAACCAAUAUUAAAGUUUGGUUCAUAAAAUGCCAUAAUUUCGUUUUGAUUGAAGUGGUUUUUGUACAACCACAUUAUGUACAAAAUGGCGUAAGGUAUUUUUGAGAAUAAAAAUGCAUGCGUUCUUUGCACUUUAAAGUGUAUGUUUUAGCUUGUUAUAGUUUAUUACAAUUUUUACUAUCAGGUUCGUUUACCACAAAGUGUAAAGUAUCAGUAUAAAAAAUAAAGUCAUCUUGCUAAUCAGAAAUUAUUUAAGUUUCUUAGCAAUAUAAUCCUUUCUGGAGAUGAUAUAGAUUUUCUUUCUUUAUUUGAGUUGUAUGGAUGAUACAGGUGGUAAUUAAACUGCUCAACCUUACCACUUUGUUGUAUUUAUCCAUAAAAGCAUACAAUACACUUCCUGAGAGUAUUUAAGGAAAAACUUUAUUUACAGUUGGUACAUAACCAGUUUUUAACAUGAAACUUGUUUUUAAUUGUACAAUACUAAUUUCUAAUUCAAUAGCAUUAUUUCGUUUCGUUCAUUCUGGCUGCUAUCAUAUCUUUUCACUGUUGAAAUUUAAUCAUUUUCUUAUUUGUUUGGUUGUUAUUAUUUUCUUCUAGGAUUACUACUCGUAUACUAUUAGUUCAUAGAAUCUUAUAAAGAAAAUGUCUAAUGUAAGUAGACAAAUGUUAUUAUCGUAUUGUUAUAGCAAUAAAUGUUAUUGUUUUAUUUAUAGAUUAUAUUUAUGUGACACAUAGGAUUGACAUAUUGAGAGUACCUAUUGUAUCAAAUGAUUCUUAUUUUAAAAUAACAACUGACUACCAGUAAAAUGAAAUUGACAAACCAUUAAGAUGGCUUGGCUGUCUUUUCUUCAAUACUUCUAUAUGCUUUUAUUUACAAGUUAGUGGAUUUUUUUGCAAUUGUUCAGAUUGCCCACAGAAAAGGCAAUAAUAAGACAUGGUUCAUUUGACUGUAAGUAAUGAAUUGACCCAGCAGGGAUCACUUCUGGCUGGUUUAUACCUACCAGUUGAACCCACCACUGGGCACAGCAAAAACCGAUGUGCCACUUCAAUCUGGGCAACCUUAUGGAUGUCCAGUAGCGGCACAUCA